GGAGGCUUGGCUGGGCUCCCACGCGCCGGAAGCCUCGCCUCCAAUCCGUUGCCAGGCGCUCGCUCCCGGGAGCGACGUUUGCGUCUCCUUGGCGACAGGAGGGACGCUCGGCGGCGGCGGCAGCGGCGGCUUGGAGAACCGGGCAAAGGCCGGCAUGGCUUCCCGGGGCAGCGGGAGAGGAUCCCCGGAGGCUUCCCCCGCCGCGCUCUCUCCCUCCUCGUGGGACGUGGCCGGGGCGCGCAUCACGCCGGCAGAACUGCGCUUCGUGGACGCGGCGCCCGGAGGCUGCUUCCGAGCGCAGCUGAGCGUCCAGAACCUGCAGGCGCAGAGCUCCCUCCUCCAACUCUCGCCUCCGGAGAGGCCGCAGUUCAAAUUGAUUGUGGAAAAUCAAAAAAAACCUAUUGCUUCUGGUCUUCACAUAACAGCCACUGUGGAAUAUCGUCCUGACAGUGAGGAAGACCUUCAGGACAGACUACUACUUCAGAUAGGAAAGAAGAUAGUUGAGAUUCCUAUAAUAGGAUUAAUUCCACGCUGUUGUCUACAAAUCGAACCAGAGAUCAAUUUUGGCACAGUGAUUGCCAACAGUAAAGUAAUUAAUACAGAGAUUAAAAUUACUAACUCUGGAUCAUCUCCAGGUACAUUUGCCAUAAAAUAUACAGGAAGUGUUCCCAUUAUUAUAGAACCAACCAGUGGAGUGGUGGAACCACGGUCAGUACAACUGGUUAAAUUGGAAAUUUGUACUGAUGUGCCUCGAAUAAUUAAUCAACCAGCCAUUGUGGAAUUACAGGGGUGUCCCAGUGUUGAGGUAAUGAUCAAAGCUAACAUAGUGGAGCAAAUUAUUGAGCUUUUCGGUGUGCCUCAUUCAAAUGCAAGGUAUUGUGUGGAUUUUGGAUGUGUCUAUUUUGGAACCUCUAAGGCUGAAGAAGUAGUUCUUCACAAUAAAAGUCCAGAGCCCAUGCAUUGGGUGGCAGUCCUGCAGGAUGAUGCCAUUGGCACAGAGUUGGGUACAGAUAUUCAGAAGAGUACCAAUGCUGUUUUAAAAGACUUGCAUCGUACUGGUGGAAAACCUGGUGUGGAUAUUUCCACUCUGAUUACCUGUAAUCCUAAUGAAGGAAUGCUACAACCUUAUCAAAAAAUUGUUGUCACUCUUUGUUUUAGUCCAAGGCAGCUGAAAAGGGACAUUGAGAGAGUUCCACCAAGACAAGAUUAUGCCAUCUUUCUAAAGUUUGAAGUGGUGGGAAGUAAAGAUGACUUCUUAAAAGCAUUGUCUGGUGAUGAUAUACCCACUAAAGCUCAUAAUCCUCAUCAAAUUGAAUUGGGUUUGACAGGCUCAGGGCUUCCGGUCAUGCUGACAUUCAUACCUGGACCAGUUGUUAAUUUUAUGGAGUGUUACAUGGGUGAACAUACAGAUAUUGUUUGUAUGCUCAAAAAUGAAUGUGAUGCUCUUCCAAUCUCAUAUGUUUUCCAUAAAAUUGCACAUUUUAAUAUAUGUCCUGAAAAGGGAAAUAUAAAAGCAAAAUCAAACCAGGAUGUGAUAUUUUCAUUUGUCCCUCAUCGUGUGGGAACUUUCUCAGUGAAGCAGAUAGUUGAUAUCAUUGGUCCAGUGGUAACAAAAAAUAGCCCACCCAUUUUGAAAAUGGAACCUUUCCAUCAGAUACAGUUAUCUUUUUUUGGCUUCUGCAAGUCUGUAACCAAUAAAGUUGUACUCAAAAGCAACCCUGGUUUAACACCAUUGGUUUCCAAUGCAACGGGGGUCUUUGUAGCUAACAAGUUGGAUCAGCAUAGUGACAUUACACCGAUUGCACUACUUAAAUCGAAUCGGACCCAAAUUCAUGCUCACCAAAUUAAAAAGAACAUGAGCAAAGCAAUACUUGCUCUCCCUAAUGAUCGGGCAGGCAGCAUAAGACCUGCUGAAUUACAUAAGGAUUACAGGACGAUUUUCACAAAGGUUCCCAGAUACAGUUAUGUGGAUCCAGAAUUUUCUUACACAACAUUUGAAGAAGCGGAAAACCAAGAACAUAAGGAACACUAUGCAGAUUAUCUCAGAAGUUUAAGACAGCGUCGUUUCUAUAAAAAAGCUGCUCGGAUCUUUACAAUGCUUAAUAAUCCUGUGGACAUAGGGUUAAAACCAGCACAUGGAUUAAAAUCUCCAAAGGUCAAAGAUCUUCCACAAGAGAAAACGAAGCAAGAUGUUACUUGUAUAACUGGAAGUAACAUGUUAACCAGUCAGCAGCUAGUUGAAAUCAAAGCUAAAUCUGUAGAUAAAGAGGUUAGUGAAGGGCUAAACCCAAUACCUUGUUCACCACAAGAGAUUGAAGACUGUAGUUUAAUUUUGACAUCAAGGCAGCUUCGUCAGGUAUUCAUUGGCCCAUCCACCAUUGAUUUUGGAGAAGUUUGUGUGCAUUCAUCCUCUUCCCAGAAAUUGCAUCUCAUAAAUAAUCUGCCUGUGCACAUCUGGAUACAAACAGAAAUUAAAAGUGAAGAACUGCAGCAGACCAGCCCUUUGUCUCACGUCAUACCACCUUUUACGAAGACUUAUAUCCCAGUUGUGUUUGAAAACGACAAACUGGGAAGCUUUCAAAAAUCUUUCUCAUAUACAAUAAACCAGCAUCAUACUGGACAUGUAUUAGUGGUGGCAAAAAUAGUACCAGUUGCCUUGGAGCUAUCUACAAGAGAAGUGACUUUAAAUCCUGCCUUCAACUUUUUCGCAGAACGUGGGUUCAGAACAACACUCACACUAUACAACCAUAAAAACUAUCCUGCAAAAUUUACAUGGAAGCCUAUAAUCACAGAAAAAGGAUGUGCGUUUUCCAUAUGUCCAGAGAAAGGAACUGUAGAAGCAUGCAAGGACCUAGAAUGUGAAGUAGUCUGGCAUUCAAGUUUCUCUUCUCCAACAACAGGAGAAUUUGACUUGUGUGUGCAUCAAGGAAAAACACUUAAAUUAAAAUGCUUUGCAAAGUUUGCCUGCACUAGUGUUCAGUUUAAGGAAAAGAGGAUCACCUUUAACCAUGCUCCUCUGUACUUAACAACAUGCAGAACUGCCAUUCUUCAAAAUUUGGGACAUAACCAUGCAUACUUCCAGGUUCUUGAUGCCAACCCUGUUCCUGGAAUGGUUAUUUCUCCCCUUCAGGGUAUAGUACCUGUAGGAGGCCUCACCAAAAUCAAGAUAUAUUUCAGACCCAAUGCAAUCAUGAAAUUUGAUACCAGAGUAGAGGUGGCAGUACAGAACACAAAAACCUUGGAACUUAGGAUUGGUGGAUCUGUAGGGGUUCCUGACAUCGAUGUCAGUGUGCAAUCCUUUACCUUUCCUGGUGUGUAUGUUGGCUCAUCCCAAGAAAUUCCCUUUUUUAUUCGGAAUAAAGGAAAAACCCAUGCCAUGGUGACAGUGGAUUUAUCCAACCAUGAUGUCUUUAAACUACAUUUUGCUCUUCGGCCAGAAGAUGAACAACAUAUACCGGAACAGCCUUCUCUGUAUUCCACAAUCAUAGAUGCAAAUGCAUCUUUGGAAUGUUCACUGAUUUUUACACCAAAAGAGGUGGCAGCCUAUGACUUCAAUCUUUUAAUAAGUAUUAAUGUAGCUGAACUCCCAUCUUUAUUGAGCACCAGGACAAGUCAUGCUGGCUCAGCAAAGCAUAUCAUUGUCCCACGACCUCAAUCAUUGACUAUACCUACUCGGAUAUGCAAAGUUCAAGCAACUGUGUUGCUGCCACCAUUGCAAGUUUCUCCUUUAGAGCUCUUUUUUCAAUAUAGUAUGAGAACUAUCAACUUGGGUGUUGUAAGUGACAGCAAUAACAUAAAGAAGUUACACCUUGAAAAUAUCUCAAAGAAAGACAUUACUUGGAGAUUUGAUCUUGAUGCUGCUGGCAAAGCAGUGGAUGAUGGUAUCUUCAAAUUUAGUUUAUAUACUGGGGUUCUUCGUCCAGGUCAAUAUACAGUUGCUACUAUUUGUUUCUGCCCAUGUUGUCCUGGGGAAUACACAGCAGAAAUUCCAGUGUUUUUGAAUAAUGAGACAUCUAUUUACCGAACAGUUAUUUUAUCUGGUGCUCUAAAGUCACCCAAGAUGAGCUUUGAACCUCAACUGUUAAUUCUGACUCCUGUUCCUCUCAAUGUGAAAACUGGAGCAAAUGUUUCUUUAAUUCCCCAAAAUUAUUUAAGGCCAUCUGUUUUGCAAGUUGAAAUUCCUGAGGUGUGUCCUACAAGCGAUAAUGAUGAUGUUGAUGAUAAUGAUGAAAAAGAAAAAGAAGAAAUUAAUCCCAUAACAGUGGAAUUUCCAAAUGGCAAUGAGAUAAAAAUAACAGAAGAAGGAGAAAAUAUUGGACUCACUUGUAGAGUUAGUUUCAGUUCCUCAAAACCAUUGUCCUUUAUGAAGAAUUUGUUCUUCAUUGAUGAUGAAAAAAACAGAUAUCCACUGAAGGUGACUGUGACAGCAGAGAAUUGCCUUCUUACUGUGUAUCCAUACCUGGCAUGCCAUCUCACUGAACAAAACAUUAUCCUGAAAAGUAAUUCUACUGAGAUAAUUUAUAGCACCGGAGAAGCCGUGCAGCAUCCAUGCUAUAUUCCAGGAACAUGUUCACAAACUUCUUCCAGUACUUUUGAUGCAAUUACUAAUUCUGCCAAUGAAAAUUCUGUUGCAGAAUUGGAAAAGAUGCUUGCACAUGAAAGAUUAAAGUCGAGAAAUGGUGUUGGCCCAAAUAGACGGAUUGGGAACACAUUUGAACAAUCGCUUUUUCCUGUAGAAGGCACUGAGGAGCAUGCCUUUUUCCAGAAAGUGAUUACUGCAGUCCAGAACUGGUUUACUCUUUUUGGUUGGUCUAAAGGACCAAAUCCCAUUUCCAUUCCACAUUCUCUAAGAUGUGAUGUCUGUAAAAUUCAAAUGACAUCAUCAGAUGAAAAACUUAAACAAAAUCUUGGUAAAGACAUCAAGACCAUUUAUGACAUGCUACAUAAUCUUAGUGGGCAGUUGCUGCCUGGAAUUAGUGCAAGUCAGUCCUUGCCAUUUGAUCCUAUUCAGCGAGUGGUGCAGCUUCGCUGGCAACAUGCUACCAUGAUCACAUUUCUCAAAGGGCAAGGAGCAUCUCUUUCUCAAAUUUUGCCAGAGUUUCUUCUAGACUUUGAGGAUUAUAAGAAAUGGACAACCUUACAGUUUACGGUGAAGGCUGAGAAGAAUGAUCCUGAUGACAAUUAUGUGUAUGUUUUGGAUGAUUCUGUAUUUGAGGCUGUGAGCAAGCGAGCAUGGACAGAUGUUCUACUUCAGAUAUAUAAGAUUUUGGUUCUCCAGCGUGUCUCUUUUCUUGGGAGCAAUCGUCAGGAAAAUUCAGAAGACAUAGAACAUGUACCAAAAAUAAGUGCUGAAUCUUUAUCUAGUAAUAUAUAUUCUUCAUCUGAAAGAAUUAUUCUUGCUUGGAUGAAUAGACAUUUUGAGAAGAUGCGGAAAAUUAUAUGGAAAGACUGUGAGAAAGGUAAUAUACCGCCUACAAGAUGGAUUUUAAACUUUGAUAGAGACCUGCUCGAUGGCCUUGUCCUUGCAGCACAAAUAGCAAGCUAUUGCCCUUAUUUGAUUUCAACACACUUUGUGAAUAUGUACACUAAUCCCCAAACUUCUGAACAAUAUUUUCACAAUUGUUUAAUCGUUGUAAAUGCCUUUCAUGCAAUCACCUUGGACAUAGAUGUAUUGGCUACUGACAUCUGUGAUCCAAAUCCAGUCGCGAUGCUUAUGCUUUGUGUUCAUUUAUAUGAGCGACUUCCUCAUUAUUUACCCAAGAAGACUAUUGAGUUUCCGGGUCCACUGCAUGCCACUGUACUUAGAAAGAUACAAAUAAAAAACCCAAGUAUCAAACCAUUGAUAUACAAUGCUUCAAUUUUAGGAAGAGAAUCUGCAGAUUUUACAUUGCCUAAAGGAAAUAUUCUUACGAUUCCCCCAAAGAGCCAAAUACGUGUGAAGGUGGAAUUCACUAGCCGCUUCCUAUAUCCUGCUGAAGCUGUAUUGCUGCUUGUUUCAAAGCCUUUAACUGGAGUGGGUGGGGCUACAAUGACCUUCUCCCUGAAGACUAAGAUUACAAAUAUUAAACCUGCUGGUUCGUUAAAAUGCAAAUCUCCAUGUUAUGAGUUGAAGAAACUUAGUCUUCAAGUUACUAGCCCUUUUAAAAUUGACGGGCCAUUCAGGGUAAUUUUAGUUGAAUCAACAAGUUGCAUCACUGAGCCUGAGAAACUAGAACACAUUAACCAAAUAAAGCAAGGAAAAACAAAAAGUAAUGAAUCAAACAUCCUUAAGGAUAUUGAUGAAGUGGUAGGUUUACAUGGAUUUUACAAUCAAGGAGACAACUCAAGUAAUGGUAAUGGAGUUAACUGCUUACAAGAGUUCUUCAGCCCCGAAGACAUAAUAUUAUUGGGCAAAGAGAGUUCUACAAUCCUUGACCUUCACUACCUUCCUUUUAAUUUGGGAAAACGUUACUGUGCCAUAAUUUUGGUCAAUCAGCAGAUUGGGGAAUUUGUGUACCUGGUUGAAGGAACAUGUGGCUUACCAUUGCCCUCAAGCUUGGUUCAAAUGGACAGCCCAAAUGUUCUCUGCAUUAAAAAUAUGUUAGAAGGCCAAAGUGAAGAGGAGCCCAUUCUUUAUCUGAAAUGCUGCCUUACUGAUGUACUUCAGGAAAAGCUGAAGGUCCCUCUAAUCAAUAAAGCCAGGGAGAAGGCUCUGGCUAUUGCAGCACAACAACAGAUGUCUACUUUGGAGUAUGAGCGAAGAAAGGUCACAGGGACACUUGAGAGCAGUAGUGUUCGGGUUGCAGUUGCAGCUUUAGGAUUUUCAAGAGUUGAGAAAGAUGUUCUCUCAAACUCUCUUAAUUUCUCUGGAAAACAUAUUGAAUACAGCGUUGAAGGAAGUAUGCCUGAGUGUUUUCUGUUCCCUGACAAAAUACACAUACCUGUGUUGGCAUCAAGCAGAGUUAAUUCUACACAGCUUGGAAUCAAAGUUCAGUGGUAUACAGAACAAACAGAAGAUGAUGCUGUUGAGCUUUCUAUGAUGUUUAUACCUCAGUAUCCUGGCCGAUAUCCUUGCCACAUUCUUCUGCAGUCCAAAUACGAUAUCCGUCUUUUUAAAAUCGAGUGUGUGGUGAAUACAGAUACUACUGAAGCUGAGUUAGAAUUUGUAACUCCAGCAUAUCAUGCUGUGACUCAAGACAUCCCAGUAACUAACAUGAGUCAACAGGAUUGGAAACUUGAUGCCAUUAUAAAGGGAUGCAGUUUUUACGGCCCCCCUCUUAUGUAUGUGGCCCCAGGUGAAACAACAUCCUACACUCUUAUGUAUAAGCCAACUGCGGAAGGUGAAACCAAGGGGAAGCUUAUUUUACAGAACAAAGUCAAUGGCACGGAUCAUAUUUUUCUUCUGAAAGGAGUUGCAACAAAACCAUUGGCACUGGAUCAUAUUAAGAUAGAAUGCCAAGUUAGGCAGAUUACAGAGAAAGUCAUAAUGGUGCCCAAUUUUACCAAGAAUGAAUUAAAAUACAAGGUGUCUUCAGAUCUUCUGAUAGUUGGUGGUGACUCAACGCUCACUGUAGAACCAGGGGACACCGCUGCUUAUUCUCUGAAUAUAUCACCCUGGAAACGUGGAGAAUUUAAAGGUCUAAUUGUAUUUGCUGCUGAAGAUAGAGAACAGCAGCAUCGACAAAGCAACUUACUGCAGAAGACAGAUGGUGUUCAGGCCUUUCAGAAAUUACCAACAGAGGAACUGCAAACAGUCAAGGCAGCAAACACUGGGCAAAGUUCAAUAAGCUGCAAAGUGUGGUUUUCGUUGGAGAUACAUAGUAUGCCAGCACCACCAGAAAAAACUCUGAGUGUGGAAUGUCCUGUUCUGGAUACUAUCAUUAUUGGAAUUCCUGUAACUAAUCCCACAGCUGACAUUUUUCCGUUAGAUGUGAUACUCAUAGAUGCCGCUGUACUUAGUGGAGAGAAAAAGCUUGUUCUUCAACCAAAGGAAACAUUUCACUAUGAAGUAAAGUACUCUCCAGCGGUUACUGGCAACUCAGUUGGAAGUGUCAUACUCCUCUCAGAGAAUUUUGGAGAAUUUUGGUAUGCAUUACAAUUGAAAGCACAGAGGCCUCGGCCAACCGGAAUGCCUGAAAUAGAAUGUGAACUUGGAAAGUGGGUUCGCCAGAACAUUCCUCUGGUUAACCCUACACAUGAAAUUCUGGAAUUGACACCUUUGAACAGCAACCCAAACCACUUUUCAAUGGAAAUAGACCCUAAAGCCCAACUUAUUGUCCCUCCUCAUUCCACUGUUGACGUACCUGUUCAGUUUUGUCCUUCUUCUCUAGGAAGAACCAAUCAUACUGGAAGAAUUUGUUUCGAAUGUCCACAGCUUGAGGAAUGGGAAUUUUUCUUGUCUGGUGUUGGUCUGAUUCCUCAGCCAAUGGACCCAGCUAGUGUAAGUUCUUGUGUUGGUCACCAUUCCUCAAUCAUCAUAAACUUCAAGAAUCCUACAUACGAAGAUGUAACGGUAGAUGUUAUUAUCACAGAUCAGGAGCAUAUCGUGCAUCAGGCUGAUACAUGUACAUUUCAUCAUUCCAGUAAAGACUCUGUUUUCUGGCUUCCACUCAAGUCAAAAAUAGGAAUUAUAAUGAAGAUAUAAGACUUGGACUCAAGUUGCAGCAAAGGUGGUCAGCUUCUAUUGGUUAAAAGGCCAGUUUGAUCUGUUAGAAUAUUGCACCCUUGGCAUAGUCCACCAAAUUUUCUGCAAGAAUGAGAUGGUACAGCAUCAGAAAGAUGGCUGGAGGCUUCUGAAUGAAAGAAUGAAUUUUUUUAAAAAGGCAUGACUCUCAGUGCAUGCUGUUUCAAAUUGAAGUGCUUUGAAAUUACUCUUAGUGUGGCUGCAUGUUUGUUUCUCACUACCAAAUUUCAAUAGAAAAUGUAAUAGUUUGUAAAAGGAAUGGCAUGGAAUUUAUGCUGGUCACUGCCUAGGCUUUGACAGAGCCAUUUCCUCAGUUCCACGGACCUUCAAAAUCCCAGUUUGUGGAAAAAUGAGAGAAACCUUUCUUGGUGGACAUUCUCAGAUUGUAGUAUCUCCCUGGUGGAGGAGACUAGGCCAGCAAUUUCCUUGAUGUCCUUCCAUUGACAGACAAAGAUCUCUUUAUUCGGGUUGUAAUGAGCUGUUGUUCCUUCCCCCUCAAACUUACAAAUGCAUUUUAAUUGCUUUUAGAGUUAUCUUAAUCCAUUCAAGGAAUUGAUGUCUGUUUAAUUAGUAGUUUAACUUCUGUAUCUUUUCCAAAGGACUUAUUUCAUGAAUUGACUGAAUAUGCUUUCCCAAUAAGCCAGCUCAUGUGAGCUGGUUAACAUUAUGACCUAUCUGCCCUUGAAUAUCUAGCCAGGGUCUUUUAUCCAAAUUUUAAACUUAGUAGCAAUUUGCACUCACCAUGUAUGCACAAGUCUUUGCAGAGACAUUGUGCUGACCCAGGUAAACAGCAGCCAGUCAGCCCCUCUCAUGUUUACUUCAAAUUCCAGUAGCUAGCACUUCUGAAAAUCUGGCAGCUGAUGUGAAUCUCCUCGUGGAAAGAAAAGCGGGGUAUAAAAAACCAUAAUAAUAAUAAUAAUAAUCAUCCCUGGAAGGCAUUAGCUUGAUGGAGUGAGGAAUAAUAGUUUGACUGUGGAAGUAUUGAGUUCACAGGCAAUCUGCCAUUGACUCACCAGUAACAAAAGCUAUGUUCCUAAUAUAUGUUUUAUCUGAAUAAUGUUUUAAAUGUAUAAAAAAUUACACUAGUUAACAAAAGUUGAAAAUGUUUCUGUUCCUGGUUUUAAAGUGUUACUUCCUGUUUAAUUAUGUGGCAUUUACUUUGAAAGUAGUUGUUAUACACCAGAAAGUUUGUUUUUGUGGCUACCACAAACUCGGUUGAAUUGAGAUAGUCAUUGAAGGAGCUCCAUUGGCUGCCGUUCACCUUCCAGACCCAAUUCAAUGUGCAGGUGAUCACCUACAAAGCCCUGAACGGUUUGGGACCCUCCUACCUUUGUGAUCGCCUUUCCCCCUGCGAACCUGCACGAUCUCUUCGUUCAUCGGGGGAGGCCCUUCUCUCGCUCCCACCUCCGUCACAAGUGUGGUUGGUGGGGACGAGAGAGAGGGCCUUCUCCGUGGUAGCCCCCCCAGCUCUGGAACCCGCUCCCCAGGGAAUUCAGGCAAGCCCCUACCCUGGUAGCAUUCAGAAAGAGCUUGAAAACCUGGGUCUUCACUCGGGCCUUUGGAUAAAGAUUGCUCAUCACCAUAACAAUCCUGUAUCUGUGACCAUUCUUGUACCGGUUUGCACUUUUUACCUUUGUCAACUUGAUAUAGACACAGGGUCUAUUCCCAUCCUAAUUUGCACUUCCAAGAAUUUGCAGCACUUUAUCAGUCACCUCGUGUUUCCAAUAUUUAUAUGGUGCACAUUACCCAGUCUACUUUUACAAGCUCUCCGUUUUAAUCCAUGUUUUUAUUAGUUCUUGUCAUUUGUUUUUAUCGGCUAUGUUUAAAUUUUUAUAAUUGUGCAUGUCUCUUGUCUAUUGUUGUGUUUUUAUUGCUGUUGUUUUUAUUUGGGCUUGGGCCCAUGUAAGCCGCCCUGAGUCCCCUUUGGGGAGAUAGAGGUGGGAUAUAAAAAUAAAGUUGUUGUUGUUGUUGUUAUGUCAGUUGAUUAGGUGCCAGUAAGCAGUACUGUAUGCACAGAUUUCCCAAAGGCGGUGCCAAAGAUCUUGUUAGUUCAGAUAUAUCAAGAGAGCCUCAAAGUUGCCAACUCCUGUUCUAUAUUUGUAGCUUGCAGAAAAUCUGAGAAAUACCAAUGUACUAUAAUGAUGUUUUACGGGUCCUGCCACUUAGAUUAUAUUGUUUAUCUACUUCAUAACUCCUCUACAUAAUCUAGUAAUAUCAUAACUCUCAUUUUUGACAAAUGGGGUCAUUUAAAUUGUUCGCUGUAGCAGAAGAUUAAUUUAAUUAAAAUGAAUAUACCUAUCUUAUUUCACAACUGUAAUUCUUUUCUUUUUAUAUUCUAUCAUAUAUUUACUGGAAUUAACAAACUGUUCAAAAAUUGUUAGGGUACAGAUAAUAAAUCAUUCACAGUGCACUAUUUUUGUUAUCAAAGGGAAUUUAGUUUUUCCAAUUUUGUAUUUGGAACAGCAGUGUUUGGAUUAGAAAAAAUUGCCCUGGUGAACCCAAGUUAAUUUAGAAGGAAUAUUUGUUAUUACCGCUACACUUCAAUUUGUAUUUAGUGAUUAGUUCAUUUUAAUAGUGUUGUUUUCCCCUCAAUGUCAAUGCAAAGGGAAUAUGACUGAGUCUAAAUAUACUAAAUAAUAUGGAUUGAAUGUAAAAUAACUUAGUAUUUUAAUUUGAUGUUGGUUCAGUUUUAUCUGAUUUCUCUAAAACAGCAAAUAAUUGAAAAUAUGCUGUGUGUGACUAUUACAACCAAAACACAAAUACUGUACCAUUCUGCUGCUGUAUCAUUGUAAAGAAAAUAAAGUGGGUGGGUUAUAUUUACCAUAUGUACUCAUGUAUAUGUCAAGUGCAGGUUUGGAGGGCAAAAUUAUGGAUCCCCCCACCCCCCGGAUAACUGAUCACUCCAUGGAGAGGGGAAAUUGCCAGUGCUGCCCCAGAGGACCAGCUGCCAUCCUCCUGGAAGAGUAGACCAUGGUCAAGGAAGCCAAAAUGCUCCUCUUGACACCAUUUUCUGAGCCAGUUAUUGACCUGUACUAUUUUUCUGGCCCUUGUAGAGCCGUGUCUUACAACGGGGAGGAGGGAUGAAAAGAUCACAUGUACAUUAUACAGUUUUAGCUUUGUUCCCAGAGCUCGAACAUCAUUUGUGAUCUUUUGAAAAGUAUGCCUAGCAGUGUCAUUGGUUCCUACAUGAAUCAACAUAAGGUGGGGAGGGUGAUGGGGCUUUAGGAGCCUGCUGAGCCUCUGAAUGAUAUGGAGUAUUUUUGCACUGAGUGAUAUGGUGUCAUUGUUAGACAUUGGACUUUAUAGGAACAAGACUGUUUCUGAUGACCAAGUGAAAGUCCAAUUUGUGCAAAAUCCAAAGAUUCCAUUGUCAGGAUACGUAUUUGCUGGGGAUAAGAAGAGUGAUCUAAAUUUUCAACCAAAAUGCUUAAAUUGAUUUCCUUGGUUAACCUACUCAUUUCAUCUACAAGGUACUCUGUAAGUAUUGCAUGGUAUUUGGAGAAGUUGGGGGUCAAGGUAGUAAUCAGAACCUUGGUGCACUGGUUGCUAAACCAUUUCUGAAAUGGAAAAUGCAAUAAAUGUAUUCAAUGGACACCAAAAAACAAAGUGCCAUCAGAACAACAUGUGCUUGGAUGAAAACUUCUUGGUAAUUCACAGUGGAAAACAUCCUGAUGUAACCCGUCAUCAUGAUAAAGGAAAGCAGAAGAAAACAGAAAGAAAUGUCUGCCAAUUGCGGAAACUGUUGUUCUUUGUGGCUGACAAGAACUGGCUGCUUUAAGAGGCAGCAGUGAUUCAGGAUCUGGGAAGAACCUUUGCACAAUUAUGGUAAUUUCAGGGCCUUGUUGAGAUCUCAUGCCAGAUCAGGAGACACUGACCUGAAAAGUCAUCUCAAAACUGCAGCUAUGAAUGCUCAAUAUACUAGUCCUCAAAUACAGAAGUAACUAAUAGACAUUUGUGGUGACAAGAUAGUCCAAAAAUUGUUAAAAGAUGCAAUGCAUUUCACUGUUUUGGCAGAUGAAACUUUGGAUGUGAGUACCUCAGAACAGUUAAUGGAAAGAUACAUUGAUAUUGAAGUUGCAGGGAUGAGAGAGGACUUCAUAGGCUUUAUGAAGAGUGAUAUGAUACGUGGAGGACUUGCAGGCAUUAAUUUGAAAACUCUGGGAGAAAUUGGGCUGAACCUGCAAUACUUGUGUGGACAGGAUUAUGAUGGAGCUGCUAAUAUGACUGGUCAUAUUAGUAGAGCAAAGGCAAUUAUAUCACAGAAGUAUCCGAUGGCUGUAUGCAUCCAUUACAGUGCUCACUCAGGCCUCUUCUAUACAAUCCUUAUAUUCCAGGAUCUGAUUCCAGAUUAUCUUCUUAUCCCAGAUUAUAUGGCAGUGGAGACUCAUAUAAACCAGUUCAAAGCAGAUAACCUGGGAUCAGGUCCUGGGAUAUAAGGACAGUGUAGAAAGGGCCUCACUUAGGCCCCUUCUAAACUGCCAUAUUGUAAUGAAGUGUGAUUUUUUUAGUUUACAGAUGUUAUUUUUAAUUGUGUAGUGUAUUUUAAAAGGGUCAAUAUUUCAGUUAUUGCAUCUCUGCACUCGAGUUGGUUGCCAUGGAGAAGUGGGUGGAGCCAAUUGCCGUUUUGGUGGAGAAGUGCAGGUUUGAAAAAAAAAACAAGUUAGUCUGUGCCCUGAUGAGGUACAGGGAAGACUGAUCCUCAGUUGAAGGGAUCAGUGAGACUCAAUUGCUUAUUUUUGAGUCAGUUUAAAAUAAGUUUGGUGACUUAUUUUAAGGUAGUCUGUCUCCUGAUGAGGAACAGAUAAUCUGUGAUUGUAAUUCACAGUGUGACUGUGGUUUAAAAGCAGUAGAGAAAGAAGUGACAUUUUAAGGAGUUUGAAACACCUCCUUCUUGCUUUGCAACUGUUAAUCAAAGUGCCUCUAAGUAGAAACGUUACUGUAACCAUUAAGCUCUGUGCCACAAUAAACUUGUUAUUGUUCUUCAAACAUCUCAGCCUCUGUCACAUAUAUUACCAUUAAGAGUAAACAAGAUGGAGAUGAAGAAAAACAAAAUUUAAAAGGUCUCCUCUCUGAGUAGCUAGUGGCUGCAUCUUCCCAUAGUGGUGUCAAGCGUUGAUAAUCCCCUUUACACCUGGUGGCAGCAUUAUAAAGACUUUACAUUGGUGGCAGCGGUUAUACAAUAUAGUUAUAUAACUAAUAAAAACUUCUCCACACAUAUAAUCCACAUUAUCUGCUUUGAACUGGAUUAUCUGAGUCUACAUUGCCAUAUAAUCCAGUUCAAAGAAUUUAAUUAUCUGAAUUUUAUAUGCCAGUGUAGAAGGGGCCAAAGUUUAGCCUUUGCAAAGACCUGCAGCAUUCCACCUGUCAAAAACGACCAAGGAACAAUAUCAUCUGUGUGUAAUUUCUUCAGAGCAUCUUCCAUCAGACUGAAACUGUUGAAGAAAAAUAUAAAAGACAGUUUCUCUGAAUCAAGAGCAAGAAAUCUGUUGCCACUUUGUGAAACCCGUUGGGCUGAGCGACAUGAUGCAGUUUACAUUUUGUUGAACUGUACAGUAUGGUGGUGAGAACACUUGAAGAACUAAAAGAAAUUCCUCUAUACAAUAGCCAGACUUCUUCCUGAACUGGACACCUUCUUUUAGCUGUUCUGAAUGCUGAAUUUGUAGUAACCAUACACAUCCUAAGAAAGAUUCUGUCAUCAAUCCUUCAGUUUAGCAAAACAUUACAAAGAGUAGAUAUGGACAUGUUAGUAGUCUGCAAAAUGUCAACAGUCUCUUAGAAAAAAAACCAGGGAGAUGCACACAGAAUCUGUGAAAGAAUUUCAGGAGAUCUUUUACACAGAAAAAUCAGUGGAGGAGCCUAUGAGCGGUGAAGUUAGGAUUCCUUGCAUCUGUUUACGGCAGACUUGUAAACGCAACAUGCAGGCAACUUCGCCAACACCAAUGGAAUAUUAUAGGCUGGACUUUUUCUGCAGUCAUUUUCAAGAGAGGUUUAUAAGGCAUAGGGAAGUAGUUCAGGAACUGCAAGUGUUCCUCCUUAUUAAUUGUGGCCAUUUAAAUCCAGCUUGAACAAGUGCACAGAACUUUACAAUGAAUGUCUUCAAGAUACUGACACACUGAUGUAAGAAUUUGACCUGUGGUAUAGAAAAUGAGAAAAGAUUGCACCAGCAGAAAACCAUCAAAUGCACUGGAAGCAUAUCUUGUCUGUGAUGGAUAGUUUUUUUUCCAAAUGUGAAAAAACUUCUUCAGAUGUCUGCAACUUUGUCAGUGUCAACAGCUACAAAUGAAAGGUCAUUUUCAAGUCUGAAACAUAAGAAGCACAAUGGGGCAAGAAAGACUGACUGGACUUGCACUUUUGAGUGUCCACUGAAGUUUAUCGAUGGAGCCUGGUUUAUGUCAAAGUGUAUUAUUGACCCAGUUUUCAAGUGUUUCCAACAGACGUGGUAUUCUUUUGUAACCACUAAAUUAGCAACUAAGAGUCAUUUUCAGGUUUUAGAUUUGAAACCUUGUAACUAAAAUAGAAAUUUGAUUUAAUGAAGUGUAUAUAAAAUAUAGAAUGAAUCAUAUAAUUUAAAUUAUUUUUAUGGUCCUACUCUUCAUGAUUCACUAAAAAAAAAAAAAGUAAACCGCUCCCGAUUUUUUUUCUGGCUACAGGCCUGGUGCCACGCUAAAGAGACUAGAGAGAAUGAGUUUUUAUUUGAGAUAAAUGCUUUAAUAUUAUCUAAUUAUUUUGCAAGUAACAUCAUCUUGGUUGUGUCUGCUGAAGUAUUAACUAGUGUUAUUUUCAAAUUUGAGAGCAAAACCUAUGCUUCUUGACUUGAGUUCUUUACAAUGAUGUUGAACAACCUUAUGUCCAGCACAGAAGCUGGAUCCUAAUAUUCAUUUUGCUUCAUGGCUGAUUUCCUCUGGGCUUACUCUUUGAUUUUUGUAGUAUUAUAUUGUAGUAUUGGUUCUCCUACAUAGCUUAUAAUUGAUGAAGUGCUGCAAAUAUGCAUGAAGAGACUGUAAGAUAAUGGAUCAUGGAGGACAAGUAGAAAGCUGGUACAGGAAUAAUUUAGGUGCGUUUCUCAGUCAAUGCUACAGAGCUUGUUAUUAGAGUAGCAUGUGAUUUGAUGGCUUGGGAUAAUAAUGACUGUGCACUUUGUACAUUCCUAUACAUUAAUCCAAAUUUUGUAUUAAUAAAUAUAUACAGGUUUAAAUCCAAAUAGCUUGUCGCAUCUAGAAUAAAUUCCAUCAAAUCAAUCAAACAGUUGAUGUGCAAAGUUCACUUGAUUCAGAAAGUUUACUAUGCCUGGAACUAACAAAUUGAUUUAAGACACUUUUUCACAAUCAAAUUAAGUCAUUGAACAUUUUGUAGUACUUGAUAGAGUAAGUGAGAAUUGAAACAGUAUUUAGUGGACUAUCUGUAUUUUAGAGGACCAUAUAGCAUUAAUUUAGUGCAAAAAUCAUUUUUCUAAAAAACCGUCCUUCUCAUCACCUCCAGGUUUCUGCAGCUUAUUACUGCAUAUAGUUCAAAAAUAUUUGCAGAAGACCUAAAAGAGUUUUGAGAUACUGAAAGGUUUUUAUGUUUUAUACAUAUAAAUAUAAAUUAGAAGGUCUGUUCAUUUUUCCCAUUCAGAGGCCCAAACUUAGCUUUACAAUAAUCAUAUAUAAUUACUGGCAAAAUAAACCUCCAUAAGCUCUCUAUUUUUAAUAUUUAAUUUGACUCAUUGAUCAUCUGAUUGCAGAUGAAUCUGAACAGAAUAAUGUUAGAACUGCAACUGUCAAGGUACAGAUGCCACGAAUCAGUCCCAAGUGUAAAGUAGCCACAGUUUAUUGUAGGUACAGCUCAAAAGAAUCAAACAUGCCUAACAGCAGCAAAAUAGUAUUCCAAAAGCAAAACACAGCCAACUGGUCCAAAGGCAAAACAAAGAGUCCCAGAAUCCUAAGAAAUCCCAACCCACUAACCAAAAUACACAGCAAGGAAAAACAUUGCUGUCAUUUCAGCAAACCCGUUCCAGGAUGUAACAAGGUCGUAGUCAAGCCAGUCCAGGAGUCAUCCACAGCAAACAGAUUACAGCAACCGUGUCAAACGUCCAGUCCAAGGUCAGGGCCAGUGAGCGAAAGUGAUGUCCAGAAGUGAUCCAAGGUCCCAGUUGAAACAGUAGCAACGUCCCAAAAGGAUCCACGAAGUUCAGGAAUCCCAGGACUCACCAAAAUCAUGACCCAGCGUAGCAGGCAACUCAGCAUACACUUUGCUAGUCACAAAGUCCCCAUUGCAACCAACCCACCUUAUGUUACAAACCUCCCUCUGAGUUGCAAUCAAUGCCCCACCCUCAGCUGCUCCUGCAUUCUCCUUCAAACUAGAAUCAGACAACACUCAGCUGCCAAUUGUGCUGCCUGAGCUUCUCUUUGCCUUGUCUGCCAAGCAGCCCUUCUCCUGAUCCUACUUACAUCUUCCCAAACAGCAGACAGAUCAUCCUCCCUCCAAGUUCCAUCCCUAACAAACCCUCUGAAUGUGUCACUACUUCUAAGCUCCUCGCACACUUCUCUCACUUCUGCUACUUUUGUCCAAUCCAUCUUAUCUCCAGUCCCAUCAGUGUCACUCCCAUCACUUCUCAUAGAAACUGCUUCAUUGCCAAACCCAUCAUCCACAUCAAACCCUUCCUCAGUGGGUUCAGUAAGUAUUUGCCGCAUUUUCUUUUGCUGUUGCUCUUCAAUAGAGUCUUGCUCCCAGUAGACCUUUUUGCCUGCCUAACCUCCAACUCCCUGUUGUUACUACUAAUCAGAGACUCAUCCAUAACAGCAACAUUUGCAACAUUUUCAUUCGGACAAGAACAAGUACCUUGGCAGAACUAUGACACCUUAUACAAUCUGCUUGCUAUGGUCAAUAUUGUCUAUCUCUUUGAGGAACUAUCUUUGAGGAUCCACUUGGGCAGAAGAAAUGAAAUGCAAAGAUACAGCAUAGGGGACGCCUGGCUCGUCAGUAGUACGUGAAAAAAGAUCUUGGAGUCCUUGUGGACAACAUCUUAAACAUGAGCCUACAAUGUGAUGUGGUGGCAAAAAAGCCAAUGGGAUUUUGACCUGCAUAAAUAGGAGUAUAGUCCCUAGAUCCAGGGAAGUCAUGCUACCCCUCUAUUCUGCCUUGGUCAGACCACACCUGGAAUACUGUGUCCAAUUCUGGGCACCCCAAUUGAAGGGAGAUGUUGACAAGCUGGAAAGUGUCCAGAGGAGGGCGACUAAAAUGAGCAAGGAUGUGGAGAACAAGCCAUACGAGGAGCGGCUCAAAGAGCUAGGCAUAAGAAGAGAAGGCUGAGAGGAGACAUGAUAGCCAUGUAUAAAUAUGUGAGGGGAAGUCAUAGGGAGGAGGGAGAAAGCUUGUUUUAUGCUGCCCUGGAGGCUAGGACGUGGAACAAUGGCUUCAAACUGCAGGAAAGGAGAUUCCACCUGAACAUUAGGAAGAACUUCCUCACUGUGAGAGCUGUUCAGCAGUGGAACUCUCUGCCCCGGAGUGUGGUGGAGGCUCCUUCUUUGAAGGCUUUUAAGCAGAGGCUGGAUGGCCAUCUGUCAGGGGUGCUUUGAACCCCUGACGGGGUUGGACUGGAUGGCCCAUGGUGUCUCUUCCGACUCUAUGAUUCUAUGAUUCUAUCUGCUAGUUACACAGUCAUUGGCUCCUAUGCAGUAUUUGUAUUUGAGGAAUGUAAUUGGGAUUUUGUAUUCUGUAUCCAACAAUACAGCCAAAGCUACAUCUUACAUAAAAUAAUGUCUUGAAGUAGCAUAGACAAGCUCUCUAAAUGGUCCCUUCUGUCCUCUUUGUCUUUUUCACACAUUGUCUAAGUGGCAUUAAGGCAAGACAGCACAACACAUACGAGUCAGUGUGAAGCAUAUGUGGGAAAAUACAGAAUUAUUGCAAGUGUGGGUGAGAUGUACUAGAGGUUAUGACAGGGAGAGGAGACUUAGAUAUAUGGAUAGCAUUUUUCACCACAUCUAGUUUGGCCUUGUUACUCUGUCUUGAACUUUCUUUUGCUUGUGCACACGUCAUACUUUUCAGUGUUUCUUCACAACAUACAUUUUUUUUGUAAAAAUUCAAAUCCUGACAUAGAAAUGCAGCAAUUUUAUGGACAUUUGGCUCUAAAACCUACAUAUAGAAAGACAGAAUAUAAAUUCAAUAAAAUAAAAUAAAUAAGACAAAUACUAAUAUAUACUGAAAUGUAUAACAUUUUAACAUAAUGCAUCAUUGAUAUAAAGGAGAACAAACAUGUAGAAUAAAAUAUAGCAAUGUAUAUUACUUCAACAAACAGAUAGUUUACAUCUUUUUCUGUCACAUACCAUGACAGGCUGUCAUGAUGACAGCCUUUACUUUAGAAGUAUAUGAGGAUAGCAAAUUGUUUCAUAGCCAAUAUAGUAAAAAUGUAAUUUUCUUUAGGUUUAUUACUGGAGCUAUACUAUUUAGCAAUGUGAUCUUUAAACACCUCUAUCCUAAGUGUAUUUUUCUGGAAGCAUGUCCCUUUGAUUUCAGUAGAAUCCAGUACUAACUAAAUGUACUUAGAAUCAUAGUAUUAAUCAUCUAUGAUGGUGUUAGUUGUAAGUGCACUUUUAUGAUAAAUGAAUGAAUAUUUGCCAGAAUAUAUUACCGUUAUUUUUAUUUUAACAGCAGCUAUAUUAUUAAAGGCUGAUCUUUAAACAGGGUUCAUUUCAAAACAUAAUAAAUUGCAAAAUAACUACAUAUUUCAUUACUGAAAUCAGUUUUCAAUCCAUUUGUUCUAAUUUUAAUAGCAACUGUUUAACUUGUAUUUUUUUAAUGCCACAAGGACAGUUUUUACAUUCAAGCUUUUAAUGAAUUAAAGCUUGCAAAGCUUCUGUUGGAACAGCUCACAUUUUUUAUGAAACAUGAUCCUCGUGAAAUGGCAAACAGAGCUUAUAAAAAUGCUAUCUCUGGUAAAUAUUCUUUCAUGAGUUAUGACAGUCCUCUUAUUAAGUAGAUAAAAACUUUAUUGUGUUUUCCUUGAGCCUUUUCAGAGUCUCACUUAUGGGAUUGCAUCUUAGGUUGUUGCAGGUCAACACAUGAGCAAGUUAGCAGUAUAUUUUAAAUGCUCAUAUCCGCUCUCCUUUUAUAUAGUUUGUGAAUAGCUGAAGUUUAACAAAGUUUGCAAGGGCAGAAAGGGAAAAGGAAGGGGAUUGAAUACAUACUUUGCCAGCAUUUUAUGACUUUCUUUUGAAGUUAUAGGGGUGCAAUUUUCUAAAAACAUUCAAGGGCUGAGAUCCUGCAUCCUGUAGUUAUGAACAACAUGUAAUAAAGCAUGGUCUUCUUUCCUGAUUUCUUCAGUGUAUCUUAACAGCUAGCUGCUGCACCAAGUAAUGGAAGUAUGUUAUGUUGGAGUUUGGCUGCAGACAUCACUGAUGUCUGCAGCAUAACAAUCUGAAGAGGAUUCCUGUUGCAACUUCUUGUCACACUGCAGCUCCCUGGUGGGAAGGGGGUGGACAUGUCAUCCUGUGUGAUCCAGCCACCAGCAAAACAAAUCUUCUAUUGCUCAAUGUAGGAUAUUAAAAUAGGUUUGGAGAAUUGGGAACAUUUAUAAUUAUGCAACCACUUUAUGAGUACAAUAAACAUAUUACAAGAUUUACAACCCCCUGUCUUUCUUCAAAGAGCCCAGUGAUAGACAGGAGCUCUCCAAAGUUGUAUUGCUGCUGUGGCAACAAAUAAGUGAAUGCAACCCCCUUGUUGCCAUGGAACAGGGGAAAUGGAAUGGUGGCUGGACUAAUUGAAUUAGAAUGAGGCCAACUAUUCACAAAAAUACUGAAGUGUAGGGCUCCUCUAAGUUCCAUGGAAGCUCAGAAGCUUUUCCCAACUUCUGGCAAUAUGGGGUAAAACUGGGACAGAAGUGCUUGAAGCAGUGUAUGGAUUCCAGGAGUGACUUCUGGCUCAUUUCAGAGAUAUUAGCCUCAUGCCCUAGAACUUUCAACAUGACUAUAUAUUCAGAAUCUUCCUGAAAAACCUAUAGAUUCCUAGAGAGAGCAUAUUAAUAAAAUCUGUAAUUAAUUAAAUCCACAUUUUUGAAGGACUGACUGUGCUAGUUCUGAAUUAUAAUGAACUCAUAGGAUCAUAGAAUCAUAUAGUAGGGGCGGGGCCAAGCCGAUGGCUGCGUAGGACCUUUCUCUGUGCCAGCCAAGUGGAGAGAGAGGGAAAAAAGGCAAAAAUGAACAUUUAAAGACAGAUUAAAGAAAUCAAAAGCAUUCAGAAGGGAAAUAUUAAGAAACAGCUGAUCUAAUGAGUAAAAAAAAAAUCUGUGAAUGAGGCAAGCUGGGAAAAUUUAUGGAAAAAAGGAGAAAAGGAGGACGGGUUGGAGGGAAUGAGACAACUGCCAUUAAUUAACUAUGCAGUUAAAUAUACCGACUUUAAAAGCAGAGAAAGAAAGGAGUGAGAGAAAGUUGCAAGAUUGAGUAUUAAAACAAUUGUAAACCAAUGAUAAGUAGUUGGAGGAGUUACAUUUAAAGUAGGAGAUGGCGGCGAAGGUUUUCUGGAAGAGAGAAGGUAAACUGUCGGCAGUUCGUAUGUAUGUAUGAAUAAGAAACAGAAAGCACAGCAGCAAGAGCCUUCUUGGAAUCGGAUAAGACUGUCAGAUAAAUUGUUUGCAAGAUUGUAAUGGGUAAGCCCAACGGGCACUGAAAAUAUAAUGAGAAGGAGUCCACCCUUGCCCAAAAUGGGAAAACUGCAGAGAUCCCCCCCCUCUACAACUGCUUCAGGUACACUGCUAUCUGGUGCAGGAAUAAGUGAAGUUAGGAGGGGUGAGCAGCAACAUGGGUUGAACAAUGAACAGCUAUUACAUCAGAUAACAACCACCAUGAUGCAACUGAAUGAAAAGGAAAGAGAAGAAAGAAAGAAUUUCAAACAUUGAGAUCAGAAAUCCAAACCAGCUCCAGAGAGUUAAAGGAACAACUGGAAAUAGAGAAAAAGAGCAGAUGAGAAGUCCCAGAUCUUGCAAGGAAAGUUACAAACCUUACAAGAAAAUAUUCAAACCAUUGAAUCAGAUGUUGGAAAGAACAAAUCUGAACAAGAACUGUUUAAAAAGAAAUUUGCAGAAAGAGAGACCAAACUUUUAGAUUUGGACAGGAAGUUUAUAUAUAUGGAGGACAAUCUGAAAAGAAACAAUAUAAUAAUUAGAAAUUUUCCAGAAGGAAAUGCGAAAAUAGAUCUGAAAACUGAAAUUUUGAAAUGAUUGCAAAAAGUCACACCAAUGUUAAACUGGCAAGAAGUAGAUCUGGAACGUGUACAUCGUCUCCCAGCGGGAAGAAAUAGAAUAGCUCCCAAGAAUAUAAUAGUUCGAAUAAUGCAGUUUGCUAAAAAGGAGACUUUAAUGAACAUUUUGAGGAAAAACCCUGGAAAUUUGGAAAUGGGAACAACAAAACUUGAAGUGUAUAAUAAUUACUGCACUGAAACAAAGAAUUGGAGACUUUUGAUGAAAUCAAUAACAAUUCAAUUGAUGAAGGCUGGAGUUUCAUAUUCAUGGGGUAUCCAAUUUUUCUUAAAUUCUAGUGGAGAGGGAAGAAAUACAGUAUUGAUGAGCUGGACAAAGGAGUAAGGCUAUUGGAAGAGCUUGGCAUUAUAAAAGGGCAGGACAAAGAUGGAUUCGGUAACGGAAAGAAAGGAGCUGGAGAAGGAAGGAAACCUGACGGAGAAGGAGCAGGAGAAGGAGAAAUUGAAGUCUUAUUUGGCGCUAUGGCUGGAAUCGAGCUAUGAGAGGAAAACUAGAAGUUCUUCAAUCAAAAUUGUUGUUUCUGUUCUUUGCUUUCUGUCUUUUUUUUUU